GGAAAUAACGAGCAUACUUUGAAAUAAAUUUUCCUCUUAACAAAGCGUCAAUCAAUGUAUAUUGAAAAUUGAACAAUCGUCCAUUAAUUCGUGAGGUGGGUAACUGUAACCAAACAUACUCGAGAACUGCAACGAACCAUGAAGCUAUAAAAAUCUGUCUCGUGAUAAAAAGAGGAAAAAAUAUAUGAACUGUUUAAAAACUAUACAAUAACAAAAUCAUGAUGUAAAUCAAGAGAUAUUUUCAAUAAAACUUGGAUCAAGGCAUAACCAUAAAACGAGGAAAAUCAUUAAAGUUAUUAACUUUUAUUUAAUCAAAGCUAUUGAUUUUGAUCCUUUCUUUAAACUUGCAUUGGUACGCAUGUUUCCCAAACACGCGCCUUAUAUCCCCCUGCCAUCGUAUAUUUGUAUGCAACCUGCAUGUUACUCGUAUUUAUCUGUAUGUAUUCGUAUAUCACUCGUAUGUAUUCGUAUUUAUUCGUAAAUAUCCGUAUAUUACUUGUGUGUAUCCGCAUAUUACUUGUGGUACUCGUGUGGCGUUUUAGUCACUAUCGUCACAUGAUAAAUUUAAAUUCAAGCGUUAUAUGGUAAUUGUCGUGUUGUUUCUCUUAAGACAAUGGUUUAUCGUUGAAAAGAUAAUUAGUAAAACAGGUCACGCGUGGUAUAUUUUAUUUCUUGACGUCUUGUCAAGAGAAUAACAUUUUUGACCAUUCCGGGCGAGGAUGGUUUCGACGAAUAGAGAAAAGAAUAAAUGAUCUUACCCCACUUGAGACGUAUUUAAAAUUCUAUUUUACUGCUAAAAUUAGGACGUCAGUAAAGACGUGACUAUCAUAACAAUACCUUAAGCGAUUUAGGAAUACAAUAAAUGCAGAUCUGGUUUAACCGUGGUGAUAAACAACAUUGUCUCAAGAGGAAACAGGAAGACUUCACGAUAGUUCACUAUAUGCGAGGCACGCCUCGCGCUUUAAACAUGCUUGAGUUAACUUCCUCGUUCAAACGUAUAUAUAUACGUCGCGGAUUCAACAGAAUGUCUAAACGAAGUAUCGUCCGGUCAAGUUUUACAACCUUUUCAGACAGGUGUUUUGCAGAAAACAAGAAGAGCUUUUGUUAUUGUUCUCAAUGCUUAAAUCGUUUUCAGGUUUGAGGACGGGAAAUGAAGUUGUUAGUAGCGCUUUAAGCUUUAUAUUUACGUUAACGCAAAGAGCGGACACGGAUAAAAGUUCAGCAAUCCGUAAUGGCACAAUCUCACUCAAGCCCUCGACGCGUGGAAAGUAUCACGGAUCUGACGCAUGAUUUAGACCUCCUGUUCCCAAACGGAUAUGGCCCGGUUUCCAGUAUGGUCGAGGGGAUACAAAUGCGACAAACUAAGACACAAGAACUUAAGAGAACAUGUGGAACAGUGCAACAGGGAUAUGAGAGGAUCUUGAAAGAUCUCGAACUAAUUCGUGACCGACGACACAUGUUAAAGGAGUACUACAAGGAAUUGAAGAAUGUGUUACGAGAAACUACGGUGAUAAGUCAGACAGAACAAGAAGAAUUCCUGGUUAGAGCUGGACAAUGCAUUGCAGAUCUCGAUAACAAGCGAUUCACCAUACUCAUUGCUGGAGAGACCAGCGCGGGAAAGACCAGUCUUAUUAACCUCUUGUUGAAGGACAACGUUCUACCGACUUGCAUCACACAAAACACACACACCAUCUGUGAAAUAUCCUAUGGACCAACGAAAGAAGCGGUGAUACACUUCUUCAAUAAAAGCAAACCCGCUCGAAUCCUAAAUGAGAGCAAGUUUCACAAGAUUAAACGAUACAUUGAAAAGCCGGUACAGAAUGAACCCUGGUGUAAGAGAAUAGAGAUCAAGAUACCCAACCCACUCUUGAAGGGUGGUGUGGUAAUUGUAGACAGCCCAGGAAUCGGUGAUUCAGAGCAAACAAACAAGAUAGUCUUAGACUAUUUGCCACGGGCCUACGCGUUCAUCUACGUAUUAAACAGUUCAAAUGCCGGAGGAUUACAGGAGGACAGACUUAUGCGUAUCUUGAGCGACUGGAUAAAACUCUAUAAUGGAGAGCAACGCUGUGGAAUCACUGCUGAGUCUGCUCUGUUUGUUUGCAACAAGUGGGACGAAGUUGAAAAACAAGCCAACCAAAGCCAAAGAGAGGACCUCCAGAAACAUAUCAUUGGCAAACUCAGAAAAAAAAUCCCCGACCUUGAUGAAAGAUCCCAAUUGAUUAGGAUGUCGGUGUUGAGAGCAGCGGAAGUACACAAGAGAUUUAACGUGAUGAGUGAUGACCUGAACUGCCUGUUUAACGGACUGCAACGGCUUCUUCCGCUUUGUAUCGAGAGAAAAACAGAAUAUCUUUACUGCUGCAUCAGUGGCCAGCUCUGCAACGUGUCGGAUCAGCUCAAAUGUGCGAUGCGAAAUGCCAAAAGAAACGGGCAAGAAAGACUCAAGAUUCGCCAACAACUUAAGGUGAAGCUGGAAAAGCUCAAGAAAGGCAUAUUCAUCCAGGAAAUGGAAGACGCAAUAUCUAAUCACGUGAAAAACCUUUGUGAAAAAAUCACAUCUUACAUGAAAUCAGAUGAAGUCAGACGCAGGUUUUGCACAUGGGAAGAAAAUGAUCUGCCUAACAUUGCCGAUCGUCAUAAAACGGAUGCAACAAAGAUCAGGGAGAUGUAUAGCAGAUGCAUUGAAGAGCGAUUCCUGUCUUUUCUUUACAAGUGGGAAAGCAAGGAGCAGCUUUUUGCAAGAGCCUAUGCAGACCUCGAGAAACAAUUUCAUCAAAGCUUCUACGAUCUUGAGAAAGACAUCCGUGAUAUUGAUCGGGUACUCGUCGGUGAUUCUAGGGAUGAGCUCAUACCCUGCGAGACUCGUCCUAUGAAAAAAUUCGUAGUGAUGACUCUCGGAAUUUUUAUGCCAGUUUUGAUUCCUGUUGGUCUGGCUGCAGGAGUUCUGUUUGCACCGGUGUUAGGUUACCUGUUCAUCGACAGGCAGCUCAGGGAACGACAGCUGAUGAACAAUCGCUGCCAAGCUUUAACAGAAUUAUCGGCCAGGUUUCUAGAGGCUUCCAUCAACGAUGAAGUACUCCACCAUGUCCGAGACAACUUCUCCGACGAGAUGACUCGCAUUACCCGGGUAAAGAGAUGCCAUCAACACCUCAUAGCCAGAUAUGAGCAGAGAUGCAAGGAUCUCACAAGGAGCGAAGAUAAUUCACGGGAUAAAGAGACUUUGGAGAAGAACGGUCCGUUAUAUGAGAAGCUGCAGGAAAUGAAUGAAAAGCUGACGUUCGAUGCCCUCCAAAGUGGAAUACAGGUGACGUACCCACCUUGCCAAAUUAACAUCGGGAGACUUCGUUACAACGUGAGACACAUCCUAGGUAGAGGUAGCUAUGGUACUGUCUUCAAAGGCCAAUUCACCCCUCCCGGACAUGGAAGAAAAGAAGUUGCUGUCAAAAAGCUUAAAGAAGCUCUGUGUCCAUCAAGCGUGGUCACUUUCCUUGAAGAAGCAGCCAUGUUAAACCGGCAGCUGAAGCACAAGCACAUAAUUGCCUUGUAUGGAGUGGCCAUAGAGGUUGACAACCACAAACUGCUUUCCGUGGCGCUGGUCUUCGAGCUAUGCCCUGGAAGUCUGAAGAGCCACAUCUUUGGAAACGACAAUCGUAUCCCUUGGAAGACCCCGAAUGCAGCAACCGACACAUUUCGAUGGACCAGGGAGAUCUUAGAUGCACUCGAGUUCAUUCACAGCAAAAACAUUGUUCACAGAGAUCUCAAGCUAGACAACAUUCUGAUUUCAAGACGUAACCAAAUCAAAGUGGCAGACCUAGGGUUGGCCAAACUGAAAGACAGAAUCACGGGAACCGUAUGUGGUACAAUACUGUACAUGGCACCUGAAGUACACGGAGGAAAGCCCUACUGCACGAAGGCCGACAUGUACAGCUUCGGUCUCAUGAUGUGGGAGAUGUGGUUCGGUAAAAGAGUCUUCUCCGAACUAAGCUAUCAGAGUCUAGGCCUGAGUGACUUCCUUCGACGAAUAAGUGAGGGCCAUUAUCGGCCUCAGACCCCCAGGAGUGACAGGAGAUUCAAACCCAAUCUUCCUCCAACACAGUUGACCAAACUGAUGACAUCCUGUUGGCAAACCGAGCCAAGUAAGAGGACAACGGCGACGGAAUGCAAAGCCUUUAUUCAGAGAAUUGAACGUCAAUAUGUUAAGUAGGAAAAAGGUACUUGAUUUCAACAAAUACUGUUAUUGUACCUUAAUUAUUGAGAUGAGGGUUACAUGAAACAUUUAACUCAGAAAGGUAGAAAUUAAAAAGAAAAUUGGUAAAAACUGUUGUCAUUAAGUACCUUAAUCUUGACCACCUGGUACUUGAAUUUGCUUUUGAUGAGUUUCGGAUUCUAUUAAGAUGGUCAGCCGUGCAAUAAAUACCUUAAUAGUCUACCCACUUGAA